AUGUUAAAUUUAGAUCAAGACCAAAAUUCUUUUUUUAAUAUUAAUUCUAAUUAUUUAAAUCAUUAUAAUCAAAUGGCACAAAAUUUUCUUCCAAUACCAUCAUUAAAUUACAGUAUUGAUGCUAUUACUCAACAACCAAUAUCUAUAGAUGGAAAUUACCAUAAUAAUCCAACUAAAACUGAAUGUAAUUAUUCUGAGUCAACUCAAGAUGAAUCAUCAUCAUCAACCUCAAAUACUACACUUUCACCAGAUACAACAGCCUCUGAAGCAGCAUCAUCUCCAGAUAUUAAACAAGAACAUCAAAUGAUAAUAAAUAAUUCUAUUCCAAAUUAUUCAUCAUGUAAUGAAUCAUUAUCUAAUCCACAAAAUUCAUCACAAAUUUCUAAUAAUCAAUUUUCGGAAAUUAUAAUAGAUCCUAAUAUAACUGUUUCAAUUACAAAUGAAUGGUUGUGGAAAAAAUUUCAUGGACAUACUACUGAGAUGAUUGUAACAAAAUCAGGAAGAAAAAUGUUUCCUAAACCAGAAUAUACUAUAUCAGGACUUGAUCCAAAUGGAGAAUAUAUGAUAGUAUUUAAGAUAGAUAGAGUAGAUGAUUCACGUUAUAAGUACACUAAUUCUAAAUGGCAAUAUUCUGGAAGAGCUGAAUCAUCAAAAGAUAAUCAAAAUGUUGCAUAUCAUCAGGAUGGUUUACUUCAAAAAGGAAAAAGAUUAAUGGGAAAUAGUGUAUGUUUUGAUCGUGUUAAGCUAACAAAUAAUGUUAAUGGUAAUCAAUCUCAUAUAAUUCUUAAUUCAAUGAAUAAAUAUCAACCAAAAUUACUUAUUUUUCAUUUUGUUAACAAUAGAAGUGUAAUAGUUCAUCAACAUUGUUCGGAAGUUAUGCAAUUUAUAGCUGUAACAGCAUAUCAAAAUCAGGCAAUAAUUAAUUUAAAAGUUCAAUACAAUCCAUUUGCAAAAGGAUUCAGAGAAGGUAAUGGCUUAGAUAGAAAAAAAACAACUAAUAGAAAAAGAACAUUAUCUCGUUCACCACCACUUUCAAAAUUAUCACAAAAUAAUUUUAGUGUACUACCUAAUAAUGGAACCAAUAAUCAACAAUCACAAAUGAUGAUUGGUUUCAAUCCUCCACCAUGGCCAGCAUACCCAUAUUGGAAUCCAACUCAAACAGCAGGAUUUAUGUUUAAUCCUAUGUUUAAUUCUCCAUAUAAUAUGCAAAUGCCACCUUACUAA